AUGAAAGUCUUGGCCAAGGUCAUACGAGACUGCCGGGGAUUCCGGUCAGCACCAGCCCGGGCAGAGGAGCCUCAGACCCCGGCCUCCCUCUCUGAGGUCCCUCUCCCUCCCCCGCCCGGCCGGCAGAGCGCCCAAGCCCGGAACCAGACAGAUGGCGCUUGGCAGCCAGAGACCCUUGUGCCAGACCUACCUGGGGAGUGCAAGCACAGCCCUGCAUUUCUAGGAGACAACUACGUCAAGGAGUUGGUGACCUUCAAGGAUGUGAUAGUGGACUUCACUGAGGAGGAGUGGGACCUCUUGGAGCCUUCUCAGAAAGAGCUGUACAAGGAGGUCAUGCUGGAGAAUGUCCAGAAUCUGCUGUCCCUGGAUGUGGAGUCCAACUUGGAAUGGAAUGAGAGGACUAGAAAGCUGAGACUUUUUGUGGAAGAAUGCGAUCUGCAAAGAUUCAUGAAAUAUUGUCCCUGUGCCUUGACUUUGAAGGAAAUCCAUGCCUCUAACAUCAAAGUAGAUAACUCGAAGUCUGACUGUGAAUUGAAGAAAAGUAGAAAGAGAUUCAGGCAGUCUUCUUUCCUAAAUCACUAUAAGAAAAUGAAUUCAGGGAAUAACUGUCUUCUGGACAGUGAAUAUCAGAAAUGUUUUCCUGACAAGGUAGAGCUUUUUCAUUCUCAGGAGAAAACUCCUGAAAUACUAAUGAAUCCAAAUAUUCAAUGGGAAAUGGCCUUCAGGAAGAGUUCAGAACUUGCCAGACAUCAGAAAAAUGAUAAUGGGGAAAUGUUUUGUGUGGGUAGUCAAGGUGGAAAGGCCUUGAGUCAGACCUCUAAGCUCCUUAGUCAGCUGGCAAUUCAGAGAAGAAAGCAACCUGAUGAGUAUAAUGAAUGUCAAGCAAUCUCAUCCCAUCAUUCAUCUCUUCCUUUCCAAUCUAGAGUUGACCCUGGAAUGAAAAAACCUUCAUUUGGUGAUUGUGGGAAGGCCAAUAGUUGGAACUCAGACCUUGAUAGAUCUCAGAAGAUUCAUCCUGGAGAGUUUUAUAAAUAUAAUGAAGGUGGGAAGAUCUUCACACAGCAAUUCUUUCUAGCUGUUCCUGAGGAAUUCCACACUGGUGAGAAUUCUUUAGAAAGUAAUUACUGUGGAAAGACUUUUGCAUCUAGUUCCACUCUUAGUAAGCAUCAGAGAAUGCACACUGGAGAGAAACCUUAUAAAUGUAAUCAAUGUGGAAAGGCUUUCACAUGCAAGGGAGAUCUUAGCAAACAUCAGAGACUCCACACUGGAGAGAAAUCUUUUAAGUGUAAUCAAUGUGGAAAGUCUUUCAGAUUCAAUUAUGUGCUUAUAGAACAUCAGAGAAUUCACACUGGAGAGAAACCUUAUAAAUGUAAUCAAUGUGGAAAAGCUUUCAUAGCUAGAGCUGGUCUUGCUUUACAUCAGAGACUCCAUACAGGAGAAAAGCCUUAUAAAUGUAAUCAAUGUGGAAAGGCUUUUACACACAGUGCCAAUCUUGCUUUACACCAAAGAAUCCAUACUGGAGAGAAACUUUUUAAAUGUAAUCAAUGUGGAAAGGCUUUUAUAACAAGAGCCAGUCUUGCUUUACAUCAGCGAAUCCACCCUGGAGAAAAACCUUAUAAAUGUAAUCAAUGUGGAGAGGCUUUCAUAAAGAGAGACAGUCUUGCUUUACAUCAGGAAAUCCACACUGGAGAAAAACCUUAUCAAUGUAAUCAAUGUGGAAAGUUUUUCACAUGCAAGGGAGACCUUAGCAGACAUCAGAAAAUCCACACUGGAGAGAAACCUUUUAAAUGUAAUCAAUGUGGAAAGACUUUCAUAUAUAAUUACAGGCUUACAGAACAUCAGAGAAUCCACACAGGAGAAAAGCCUUAUAAAUGUAAUGAAUGUGGAAAGGCUUUCAUAAAGAGUACAAAUCUUGCUGUACAUCAGAGAAUCCACACUGGAGAAAAGCCUUAUAAAUGUAAUCAAUGUGGAAAGGCAUUCAGAUAUAAUUACAAUCUUGCAGAACAUCAGAGAAUCCACACAGGAGAAAAGCCUUACACGUGUAAUCAAUGUGGAAAGCCUUUCACUUGCAAGGGAGAUCUUAGCAAACAUCAAAAAAUUCACAUGGGAGAGAAACUUUUUGAAUGUAAUCAAUGUGGAAAGACUUUCAGAAGAAAUUACAUGCUUGCAAAACAUCACAGAAUCCACACACAAGAAAAGCCUUAUAAAUGUAUUCAAUGUGGAAAGGCUUUUGUAAAGAGAGACAGUCUUGCUUUGCACCAGGAAAUCCACACUGCAGAAAAACCUUAUCAAUGUAAUCAGUGUGGAAAGGGUUUCACAUGCAAGGGAGAUCUUAGCAGACAUCAGAAAAUCCACACUGGAGAGAAGCCUUUUAAAUGUAAUCAAUGUGGAAAGGCUUUCAUAUAUAAUUACAGGCUUACAGAACAUCAGAGAAUCCACACAGGAGAAAAGCCUCAUAAAUGUAAUCAAUGUGGUAAGGCUUUCAUAAAGAGUGCAAAUCUUGCUGUACAUCAGAGAAUCCACACAGGAGAAAAGCCUUAUAAGUGUAAUCAAUGUGGAACGGCAUUCAGAUACAAUUACAAUCUUGCAGAACAUCAAAGAAUCCACACAAGAGAAAAGCCUUAUAAGUGUAAUCAAUGUGGAAAGGCUUUCAUGCAAGGGAGAUCUUAGCAGACAAGAAAAUCAAUGGGGGAGAGAAACCUUUUGAAUGUAAUCAAUGUGGAAAGCCUCUUACAUUCUGUGCCUGUCUUGCUAGACUCCAGAGAACUCACAUUCGAAAGAAAUCUUUUGAAAGUAUUCAGUGUGGAAAGACUUGCACAGAAGUGAAAUCUUGUUGAACAUCAAAGAACCCACACUGGAGGGACACACUUUGAAUGUAAUCAGUGAGGAAAGGAUUUCACACAUAGGUCCUUUCCAACUGCACAUCACAGAAUCCACACUGGAAAGACAACUUAUAAAUCAAAUUAAUGUGCAAAGGCAUUCAGCUACAAAUCCAAGAUUGCUAAACAUCAGAGAAUGCUCACUAAGGAGAAGUAUUAUGAUGAUAAUAAAUGUGAAAUGAUUUCACAAAGACUUCCCAUCUGGCUGUAUAUGAGACAAUCCACACUGGAGAAAACCUUAUAAAUGUAUUCAAUGAGGAAAGGCUCUCAGAGAAAUAGUCCUGCUGAACAUCACAGUAUUCAAGAGCAAGCCCUGGGGGCAGCUGGGUUGGGCUGGGGUCUCAGCUGAAGUGUCCAAAGGUUGAUUUAAUUCCUUGAAGCUGGCCAAUACAACUGUAGCUGACUAAAAUCGAGAAUACAAAACAAUUCUAACAAAUACAGGAUCGAAUGAUCCGAGAGAAAAAGACAAGUCCACAAGGACUUCUAUAAAAUGUACAAAGACCAAUGUAUAUUGAGCAGCAAUCUUCAAGUAAUGAAAUAUAUUUAUAUCACAGGUCAUACAAUAUAUACCUAUCUUAAAGAUGUUUCAGUUUUAGUUUCAAAUUAACAAUAAAAUAACAGUUCAUUCUUAUGGCCAA